UCUUGUUGUCGACUCUCGGCAACGCCGCUCUUGGGCGGCUGCGUCUCCUUGGCAGCGCCGAUGGCCGAGUCAGCUGUUUAUGGAGGUCUUUGUAGGGCGGAGUUAACGCUGGAGUUUUUGCAUGCAAACUCCACAACACAUGACUUCGUUUUUGGAGCUAUAGCUGAAUUGAUUGACAAUUCACGAGAUGCUGGUGCCACAAGACUUGACAUUUAUACUGUGAAUAAUGAUAACCUGCGAGGAGGAUUUCUCCUGUGCUUUCUAGAUGAUGGAUAUGGCAUGUCCCCUUAUGAAGCUACAGAUAUUGUAUAUUUUGGAAGAUCUUCUAAGAGAAAAGACCCUAAAAUGAUUGGACGUUAUGGCAAUGGACUGAAAUCAGGAUCAAUGCGUAUAGGGAAUGACUUGAUAUUAUUUACCAAAAAAGAGAAUACAAUGACCUGUCUUCUUUUCUCUCAGACAUUCUGUGAAACAGAAGGUCUCAGUGAGGUCAUAGUGCCAAUCCUUUCAUGGUCAAGUGAUACAAGGACUCCAGUAAUAGAUGAUCCUGAGAAAUUUCCUACACAAUUGUCCAUAAUUUGCAAAUAUUCUCCUUUUAAUAAUGAAGAUGAAUUGAUGAAACAGUUUAAUGCCAUUUAUGGAAAAGCAGGAACUCUGCUUGUGAUAUACAAUCUGAAACUCGCAUUGAAUGGGGAGCCAGAACUUGAUAUUCUAACAGAUGAGAAGGAUAUAUUGACUGAUAGGAUCUCAGAGAACUAUCCAGAAGAAAAAUCGUUAAGAGCUUAUACAGCUAUAUUAUAUCUCAACCCACGAAUGAGGAUAUUCAUUCAAGCUGAGAGAGUCAAAACCAAGCAUUUGCUUUACUGUUUUUACAGGCCCAGGAUGUAUCCAUAUAUAUCAUCUUCAUUCAAACAAAUUGCCACUCGUGAAUUACAGAAGGCACAAAUGGAAUUGAAGGCUGCUGAAAAUGCUGUGGCAGAUGUAAAAGGCAGACUAAAACAACUUUCCUUGUCUGAAGAUACUGAGUAUUUGCAAGUUGUGUUACGAGAAGCUCUGGAGGAAGAAAAGAGAGUAAGAGAAAAUAAUGAAGAGAAAAAAAGAAAUCUGAGAAGACCAAAAAGACUAUUUAUAAUAUUUGGAAUAAACAUUCAAAACAGAAGUCAAGAUGGAAUGCUUAUCUAUAGCAAUAAUCGCUUGAUCAGAAUGUUCGAGAAAUUGGGAUCACAGAAAAAUGUAGGACCAUUUUUUGGUGCUGGAGUUGUGGGAAUUAUAGAUGUACCAUUAGACGUUAUGGAACCCACACACAAUAAGCAGGCUUUUGCCAACAUUAAGGAAUACAGGCACUUGCUUAAAUCAAUGGAAAAUUAUCUUAUUCAAUACUGGAAAGACAUGGGGAUAAGUCAAAAAGGAGAAAAGUUCUGGAAUGAUUUUGGAUACCUAAGUGAUAAAUGGUAUGAAAGACCUUCUGAGACAGUUCAAUAUAAAAGAAGACGAGCAGCAGAAAUUCCUUAUGUUGUGCAAUGUGAUGUUUGUCUCAAAUGGAGAUUCUUGUCACCUAACACUGAUAUAAAUAAUGAAGAUCAUCAUGACAUCUGGAACUGUGAAAGAAGCUCCAACUCCCUAGAAAAUAAGUGCAGUAUACCAGAGAAUUUGCCCAGAAUCCCUUUGGGCACAUUCAACCCAACUCAUUUGAAUGACAAAGAAAAGCUACUAAUUGAUUCCAUUCAGAAAAAUAAAAGGAAAGUGGAAAAACUGCAACUUCGUUUGAUUCAACCACCUAAAUUUUCUAAGAAUACAGAUGACAGCAAAACUCCUGCUAAGGAUAAUGUCUGCCAGAAGACUUUUUGUAAAGAUUCACCUCAAGCUUACAGACACCUGACUAUAAAAAAUGCAAGUAAAGGAUAUGUACCACAGUCAAAUUAUCGAAAGCAACCAUUGGCAAGGCAAACAGCUUGCUCACAAAGGAGGCGUAAUUUUUAUCAGGAUGAAAAAAAGUCCACAGUGGCGGACAGAAAGGAUCACAAUAUGCCAAAGAUGUCACCUUCAGUACAUUUUGAAAGGUUGCAUUAUGGAGAGCCUAAACUGAAAAUUGAAUCGGAGAACAAGCCAGAAAUCAUUUAUAUUAUAUCAUCUGAUAGUGAAACUGAAGAUCUGCCAAAGGAUGAAUUGUUUGUAGGAUGUUCUUUAAUGAAAAAAGAAAAACAGGAACAGUGUGAAGAAACAGCUGACAGUUUCCUUGGUCUAAACAAGCAUGGAAAAUCUAAAAAAAGGCAUAUGCUAUCAGCAAACUCAAAAAGUAGGUCCACAGAAGCUACAGAAGAAGACAAAGAUCAAAUCUUUAUGGGAGAGAAGUCAGUUGAAGUUUCACACCUAACUGAAAAUUCCCAGAGCAUCACUAAAGCCAAGAUGAUUCAGACAUUAACAUCUCAUAUCAAAGAAAUAUUGCUCUAUUUUUUACCUGAAUGUGAUAAAUCAAGAGAACAUAUUGCAUCCAUGUGCCCGGAAGAUGUUUUAUCUAUGUUCAAGUAUUUCUCACAGUAUGAAAGACAACUUUCCCAAAAACUCCAGCGUCAAGAAGAACAUUGCUUUCAAAAAGUCUAUGCCAUUGAAAAACAAAUUCAUCUCCGCAAAGAACAAGUAAAAGCAACCCAAAAAAAGCUUGACCAUCUUCGGAGAAAAAUAGCCCUAUUGCUAGCAAGAAUGAAUCCCAAUCUUGUUAUAAAUAAUCUGGAACAUGUCGAUACUGUCCUGGAAGAAUGUUUAAACCAAGAAAUCACUCAUCCAUUGGUUCCUGUAACUACUAACAUAAGUGAAUCUACAUUGCUGGAUAAAGACACCGGAAAAAUAUGUAACACUUUAUAAUGUAUAAUAAGAUGCAGUUAUAUAUGCAGAUAACAGAAGGUAAAUAAUCUACAGUUAU